UUGUGGGGGAGGGCCUGCUGUCAGGCAGACCGGCCCAGUCCGGCCCGGAGUGUGUCGGUUCCCUACGCUGGCACUGUCUCUGUCUGUGUGGGGCUGAGUGUGUCUCUGUGUGCGCCAUGGAGAGGAAGCGCACAGACUGUCCGUGUCUGCCGCCAGGCUGGAAAAAGGAGGAGGUGAUCCGGAAAUCGGGGCUGAGUGCCGGCAAGAGCGAUGUUUAUUAUUACAGCCCAAGUGGUAAGAAGUUCAGGAGUAAGCCUCAGCUGGCUCGCUAUCUCGGAAACAGUAUCGAUCUCAAUAGCUUUGACUUUCGAACCGGGACGAUGAUGCCUAACAAAUUACAGAGGAAUAAACAGCGUCUUCGGAACGAAGCCAUAAAUCAAGCAAAGAGUAUAAAGGUCAACUGGCUGCCACCACCGGCCAACAUGCAGAAUGGUUUUAUUACCGGCUACAAAAUCAGGCACAAAAAGAUUGGCCGAAGGGGUGACAUGGAGACCCUGGAACCCAACAACCUAUGGAAACAGGAGGAACGAGUACAGCAAGUACGGAAAAAACUGGAAGAAGCUCUAAUGGCAGAUGAAUUAGCACGAGCGGAGGAAGCAACAGAAGAAAGGCAUGUGGACCGAGAGCAAUAUGAUGCACAGGGGUGA